AUAUGUAAAUGCUUCAGCCUCUCCUUCAAGCAUCCAAACCUUCUAACUACAACCACAUUUGACAAAUCCUUACCUUCCGCUGGAUCAAAUUCAAGAUUUCUGAAUCCUAAACUUCCGUGGUGUGUUGCUUGCUUGAAGCCUCCUUGUUUUCAGUUGCAUGUCGUCAUACCUCGAUUUCAUUCAUAUCCGCUUCAGGUAUGAGUGAGCUGGAAGAUGGUGUUCGAGCCAGCCAGGAAGAUAUUCAGCGUAUGCUUGCACGAAGCUACAGCAUUUGGUCAUCUUACUCGAAAGACACAAAAUCUCAAGACGGCCUGCCACCGUACCACCUCCAGCUCCGAAAUAUUCUUGGAAAAGUUCCAGCAUAUCUGGCUAACGGCUUGACCGAAGACAGCGGACCACCACAGUUACGGCUGGAACAGAGAGGUUCAAAGCAAUCGGAAUUGUUCAUUAGCGGACACUCAAUCUGGCGGACCGCAAAGGAGUCUUGCGGUCUCAAAAAUAAGAUUAUCCCUUAUCAGAUACUGCUGGGUACCCAACGUUCGACGCUAUGUUCUUUCACGACUGAUUCACGUUUCACUAACUGGCCGGGUCUGUAUGGUAAACGGAUUGCUGUGAGCGGCAACGUCCUUGCGGUUCUAGCUUUUGCGUGGGCAUAUAUUCUAUCAGCCCGUUGGCUCGAGAUGCAACAGUCCGACACUACGGCACAGUGUGUAGAACAAGAGAACCGUAUUUUCUAUAUGGUAGCUGAAGCCAAAGGUAUUUCUGACAGUGCUGAAAAAUCUCCAGACGCACUUCAUAUCGAUCUCGGAAGUGUCGACGAUGAUGCAGCGCGUUGGUGGGCUGCGAUUUUGGCCCCAGGUGAAGGUUGGAGAGCAGAAAUCACGCGAAAUACCACCGUUUACCGAUCUCCGUGGUCCAUAUGUAUAACAGCCACACAGCUGUUCAGAAUACGAAGAUCAGGACACCAUGAAGCCUCUUGCAGAGGCCCAUUUGUUCCGCCAUCCUCAGACGCGGCCUUGAGAUAUCUCGCUGACUUUGUCGUGCAUCAUUGUAUCGACAGCCAAUGCUCCGUGGCUUUGGCUGCGGCUUUAACGUUUCCGUUUCUUGGUUCUAGGAGCGCGAAGCUCCCAUUGCCAAAUAUGAUAUCGCCAAGCACUCUCCCACCUGUUACGCCUCGCUCGCUCAUUCCCGAGGGUCACCAAAAGAAAGGGAUAGUUUGGGAAGAAGGCAAAUUACUUUGUUACUACAUGACCCUGAGCUGUAAUACCCGUGGGAUGCAUGCUCUUCUUUGCAGCCCUUUCUUUGAUGCUCAAGUCCCUUGCAACCUUGUUAGUCCAUGGUUUCAACCGAUCAUAGAAACCUUUGACCCUUUAUUCAAGAAAGGGGAUCUCGAAAGUGUUGCGAUAAUUAUGGGGAGACGGCAGCCAAAGCUGGCAGCGCUAUGGAUGGGAGCCGCCAUCAGCGGAAUGGCAGAUCCCAUCUUGCAAUGGGCUCGAUCAGGGCUAACAGCAAUCGAGCUACACGCCGCUGCAUGGACUGCCACUACACAUUCAUUCAUUAGCCUCGUGUCUGACGAUCUAUAUGGUCACGAGGAUCAGGAAAUUUCUCGUUCAGAUGAGUGUCGUUUGCUUUUUCUUACAGACGCUGAGGGCUAUUCUCGGAUUCCGGUCUGCCCUUGGAAGCCAUUCGGAAACACAGCAUUGGGCGAUACUGAGAUCGAAGUCCGAAACCACGGGAAGUGUACGGGACACUAUCUGCAAUACAUUGGCUGGUCCUGGAAUUUACAAAAUGAAAGUGAAUUGGAAGAUCCAGGCUUUACCGCUGAUGUGCAAUGGAAUGACUCGAUCGCAAAUGCUGUCGACUUUUGUUCUACAGAUCAACUAGAUGAGAGGAUUUUGAAAAAUGAUAUGCUGUCAGAGCAUGCAACUCGGAGUAUAUUUGGCUGGCUGCGGAGUUCAGGCUGGCCAAAGGGUGAGAAGGAAAUAUAUUGUCACUCAUGGAUUGGGUUUGAUGAAUCAGAUGAGGAAAUUGAUGAUACAAGUAGUGAUGUUGGCGAAAUCGACAAUACCAUCAGAGCUGUUGAAGUAUGGCUAACGGAACAAUUCAUGACAGGCUGGUAUUCAGUAUUCUGA